ACCUUCGGCUUUAUUUCUCCGUCGUUUAAGGCGACCUUUAACCCCAUCUGCUUUGACAGGUCGUACGUGUCAUUUAAGCUUUGUUGUUAAUAGACCAUGUCAACAACAUGUCUAUAUACUUCUAGGUUCACGUGUUCGAGCUCUCAACCAAUCAAACCACAGGACAGUGACAGCACCCCUUUUUCUAGUCGCAAACUUCUCUUCUACUCCAUAGGGUUGUUGGCUGUUUUCUUCAUCACUUGCAGGUUGCUGGCAGACAGGUAGUUCCCCUUCAUUAUCACAACUGAAGAUUUGAUAACAUCAUGGACGCUGGCUUGUCCAAAAUCAAGAAACCACGAUCGGCAAUGCUGAGACGAUCCAGCUCCCUGCAGCGUUACCAUGGUUACGUGCAUGACUACAAGGAUAAAGAAGGUAGCGUCAGCAUCGUGUUUUCUGUAACUGAGAAAGUGGGUGCUUUGGCAGGUGCGCUGAAGAUCUUUGAGACCUAUGGGGUAACACUCCAUCACAUCGAGUCCCGCCCGGCUCUGGAGGACCCUAGUGGCUAUGAGUUCUUCGUUGCCUGUGACAACCAGACUGGGGGCUUAAAACAGGCCAUCGAAGCUCUGAGAGCAAAGUCAAAAGAGUUACAGGUGCUGUCACGAAAUCUUGAAGAAGAUGUCGGAAUGGGAGUUCCAUGGUUCCCUCGUCGUAUCAAGGAACUGGAUAGAUUUGCCAACCAGAUCCUGAGCUAUGGGUCAGAACUAGAUUCUGACCAUCCUGGAUUUACCGAUAAAGAAUACCGGUCGAGGAGGAAGGUGUUUGCUGACAUCGCUUAUAAUUACAAGCAUGGUCAACCAAUCCCCAGAGCAGAGUACACAGAGUCAGAAGUCAAAGCUUGGGGUACAAUUUUCCGCGAGCUAACCAAACUCUACCCUACUCAUGCCUGUCACGAGUUCAACCACGUCUUUCCCCUUCUGAUUGACAACUGUGGCUACAGAGAAGAUAACAUCCCACAGCUGGAGGACAUCUCCAACUUCCUUAAAGAAUGUACAGGGUUCUCCCUCCGGCCUGUGGCAGGGCUGCUGUCAUCUCGAGAUUUCUUGGCUGGUCUCGCAUUCCGCGUUUUCCACUCUACUCAGUACAUCCGCCACAGCUCUAAACCCAUGUACACACCCGAACCGGAUAUUUGCCAUGAACUGCUGGGCCAUGUUCCACUGUUUGCGGAUCCACAGUUCGCCCAGUUUUCACAAGAAAUCGGAUUGGCCAGUUUGGGAGCACCUGAUGAGUACAUUGAGAAGUUAGCCACAGUGUACUGGUUCACUGUGGAGUAUGGGGUAUGCAAGGAAGACGGCAAGCUGAAGGCUUAUGGGGCGGGGCUCCUCUCUUCAUUCGGAGAGUUACAAUAUGCGUUAACAGACAAACCUGAGAUUAGGCCAUUUGAACCUGUGAAGACAGCGGUUCAGAAGUACCCCAUUACCUCAUACCAGCCUGUCUACUACGUGGCUGACAGCUUUGCUGAUGCCAAGGAGAAAAUCAAGUCCUUUGCCUCAACUGUGCCUCGUCCGUUUUCUGUGCGGUAUAAUCCGUAUACCCAGAGUAUAGAGGUGCUGGACAAUGAACAUCAGGUGCUUAACCUCACAGCCAUGAUCAAAGGUGACUUGUCCAUUCUGGAGGAUGCUCUGCAGAAGCUUCUGAAUAAUGGUGCCCGAUGAAACUAGAAAACUUUCACUUUCGUUACUGGAAUCCAAGCAAGAAAUAUAUAUGUUAGCUCUCUAGGGUUAAAGUUCUAUAUAAUGUGCUUUUCACAGAUGAAACUGAAGUAAAAUCCUGUUUAAACUGGAUGUUA